CAUGAUACAACAACCCGUUUACACCUAUAAUUCGCGUGACAAUACCACUUGCAGUCUUUCUCGAUGCGUUUUCUUCGCAACAUCUUCACAACACUAGGAAAGAGACGAUACGCACAGGUCCACGACGUCAGAGUAGAGUACGCACGGUAUCCUGCAAAAGACAUCUUGGAGAAAGAAUCAAGCGGGAACAACAUGUCACAAUCACUCAAUGUAUUCAAGAAGCCCCUCGCGCUGCACUCUACACAACCUCUGACGGGAUUCACCCGCUCCGGCUACUGCGAAGCGCCGAGAUCAGACUUUGGAAACCACAGCAUUGCCGCCAUCGUCACCGAGGAGUUCCUCGAUUACAGCGCCGCACAGGGAAACAACCUGCGCGAUGCAGGUCUGAAGGGAGGAUGCAAGUGGUGUUUGUGCGUGUCCCGAUGGAAGGAAGCCUUCGAGAACCGAACAAGCGACGAAGACAAGAAGGUCCCCCAGAUCGUGCUGAAGGCCACCAACCAGCGCGCCCUGGAAGGGGUAGACCUGGAAACCUUGAAGAAGUUUGCGAUUGAUAAAGACGAUCAUUGAGUGCAAACGAGUACAGCAAUGGGUGUCUCAAUGCGAACGUUUGCGGCGCCGCUGAAACGCUCAAAACGCCGCUUUUCAAAAUCUUGCCGAAACUUUGCAAUCUGUGAUGCAGGGUCCAGAACUCUCAGUACAUGCUACCAAGAUCUUGGGUUUCUCCAACCUAUCCAGCAUAAUGAAGAACGUUUCGG